CUCCCCGGCGUUUCGAGCCUCUCGCUUGGCGUUAAAGAGCCUUUCCUCCCCUUCCUCCUCCCUCUUAGCCGUCGAGAGGAACCGAACGCAAAACAAAAGAAGGAAGGCGGCGGCCCGAGCGGAUUUGGCCGAGGGCCUGUGGACCUGGCCGCCGAGGUCCCAUCCCAGUUGAGAUCCUGAGGCACGGCGAUGAAGACGCUAGGCCGGAGAGGAAGCAGGAGUCUUAUCCGGAGUUGAAGGAGAAGCUCUCCUCUUCCGCAGGAGAUGGCGGCCCAAUCCCCGAGUGCCAACGAGCUGCCCUUGGAGGAGCUGCUGGCUCUGUGUGGCUACGCAGUGCCUGAUCCAGCCAAGCAGAGUUGUCACGUUACCACCAUUCUGCCAGACAUGACCCUGGACGAGAAUCAGAUGACUGAAGAAAUCUUUGCUACAGUAGAUGCAGUGGAGUCAUCAGCUGACGACCUCACCCCCUCAGUCACCUCCAGCACAUCAGAUCUGAUCCAGCAACAGCUGCCUUCUGGAAACAAAGACGCAUCCGUCUGCUCGUCUGACGAGGAUUCCGACGAUAUCUGCCUUGCCUCCAACGAAGAACACAAGGAAAUCAUGGUUGGUUCCAUGUACCAGGCAAUAAUCCCUCCACUCAGUCCAUACACAUACCAGGAACAAGGUAGGAACCUCUUACUUGUGCCAUUCUUCCAUCUCCUUAUUUCUUCAUCUCUGGCAUCCCUGUUUCCAGCGUACAACAAUGGGGACCAGUUGCUGUGGAGACCAGGUGCUCUCCCGUUGCAGGAAGUGGAGGACUUCUUGUUGAAUGUACAGAGGCCACGGGGCCAAGAGGAGGCAAUGUGCAAGCAAACAUGUGCCGACACUGUCCGAGACAAUGAACAGGCACUGUAUGAACUGCUGAAAUGCAAUUUCAAUGUGGAGGAGGCGACGCGACGAUUACGUUUCAAUGUGAAAGUGUUCACUGAAGAUCUGUGUGGCUGGAGUGAGGAGGAGUGUAGGAAUUUUGAGCAUGGCUAUAAAGUUUACGGGAAAAACUUCCACCUCAUUCAGGCUAAUAAGGUAAGGACCCGCUCUGUGGGGGAGUGUGUGGAGUACUACUACAUGUGGAAGAAGUCUGAAAGGCACGACUACUUCACUCAACAAGCCACCAGGAUCACUCGCAAGAAGUACACCUUGCAGUCAGGGAGCAUGGAUGAGGGAGAUCAGGACGGGUAUGGAGGCGAGAUGGAGGGAAGCAAUAAUUCCGCCGGCUUACUGUCUCGCAGUAGCGCCGCGGUCUCCGGAAAGCUUACACAUCCCUUCCCUCGUCGGUCGAGGCUGGAACUGGACAAACAAGAAGAUGAGGGCCGCCCUCGGCGCAGACGGACCCCCCGCUUUCUCUUAAAGCCGUGACCUUGGUGUGGUCAGGCCUCCAGAAAGCAGGCUGCAGCCUGCAGAUGAAGAACUGCUGACGGGGCUGUCAGACACGCGUGGCGACGGCUGUCCUCAGAACCUGUUUGGCCGCCCCUUUUCUCCCCACGGGGGUCGCCUCUCGGGCUGCGGCGCAGGUCCGAUCCACCUCCAAGACCGUGGGCGCCCACCGGGCUUCUUUCAGUUCCAGACGCGCGACGGUCCUUUUAUCCCCGAGGACUGUGACGCAGCAGGUGACGUGGUUGACGCCCCCGUGGCCUUCGAGUGGGACUUCACCUGCUGCGUGCCGCCCCUCCCCCACCUUAUGACCUCCAGUCCGGCUUGUCUGCAUUCAUCCCCCUGCUGCACUGCCUUCCCUUCCAGUGAAAGCACUUUGGAAAAUCCCAAUUGAAUCGCGAUGUGUUCUGAGACUGAUUAAAGCAAGCCGAACAAAUUCCAACCCCCCCCCCCCCCCAAAAAAAAAAAGUACACUUCCUAAAAUACCCUUACCUCUCCUUCGGAGCAGUACAAGUGACGCACGCUCAACUCUUGUCGUUGCUGCUGGAAGGCCUUUUUACACAAAAUGUCUUUAUUUGAACACAAAGGUCUUCUCUCCGCCGUCAUCCACUCACUGUCCUCUCUGUUCCGUUUCCUUGUGCUUUCCUUUGUCGUUUUAUCGCUGCCGACGAGCCGAAUGCCAUCAAGAGCUGAACAAACUGGUUUCAAUCAAGGUGAUACUGUAUUUGUAAAAAAAAAAAAAAAAAAAUAACUGUAGAUCAUUUUACGCUGUAAUAGUCUGGUUUAAGAACAAGCCGAAAAUAUUCCCCGCGGUAUAUAGAUGUGACUAGCUCAUCGGGAUGGAAUCGUGUCCGCCCGGGGAUGAAGUCAACUGGAUUUGUGAUGAAAUGAUGAAGAAUGUCAUAUAUUAGCUCCGGUUUCAGUUGUAAAUGUGGUCAAGAUGGACUCAUCGUUUCCCUGCACAUGAAAGUGUGGCAUCCUAGAUGAUUGAUUAAGGGUGUUCAUUAUGAUUACCACAAAUCUUGACUUUUUACAUUUCCAUUUCUGGUCAUUUUAUGAUUUCAUCUAACAGAACUAUCGGGACACUGAUUUUAGUGAUUGUUGUUUUAACCGACCGUCACUUUGCGUUUUAUUGCAGUCCCGUUCUGGAUGUGAAGGAGCAAAACCACGCUUGUCGUCUUCUUUCUAUCUCUAUUUAUUUGUUUUUCAUUCCUAUGUGCACGUGUUGGAGUUCCAGGUUGAUGUUUUGCGUUUACACAAAAAGGAGGUGACGGACGAGGCCUGUUAUGAACAGGAAUAUUCUUUGUUUCAUGUUUUGUUUUUGGCAGUGUAUGUAUUGU